ACGCUGUUAAAUACGAUCCAUCCGCCAUAGCUGUCACUCGCGUAUUCAAUACUAUGCUCACUGCACUGACGAUAGCUUAGGUAUUAGAAUAUAAUCGUUAUUUGUCGUCAACGAUAUAUUAUCGUAAUAAUAAUACAGUCGUCGGUGUAUUUUAUAUAUUAUAUCUAUAAUACAUCACAUAAAUUGGCAUAUUAGUGUGAGUCGCCGAAGAAAAGCAAUAUACAUUUUUUCCUCCAAAAGAAUUAUAAAAUUCCGAUCCGAACGCGACCGCAGUGAAUUUUCGACGAAAAGUACAACACAAUAUAAUAUUAUAGCAUAGUAUAACAAUAUUAACAUGACUCAGACCAGCAGGUCCAGCUCGGUUGUGGUCUACGAAAUCGGCUUCUUCUGCGUGUUGUUCGCUUCCGUCACUUUCGGCUCGUUGGUCGGCAGAGGAAGAGGACUGAUUCAGAAUGCACUAACCAUGGGCGUUAGAAACAGUAAUAACACCGGGCGCAGCGAUUGCGUGUACAAGCGAGAUGCAGACGACACGUGUCCCGGAGAGGAUAUACUUUUUCAUUAUUACACGCUCAGGAACACCGGAGCUGGUGAUGGCGGAGGGAGAGGAGAAGGAGGAGAUGGGUAUUCGAAAAUGCAGAAGCAACAAAUCGAAUUCACGUCACCCGCUUGGCUGCACUCGAGCGGAUGGGAUCGUUCGCUGCACACGGUGUUAAUUGUGCACGGAUACGGUGGAGCGUCACUAGACUACUUGCCCGGGGCAGUGCUUAGAGACGCGUACUUGAACAACGGAAAGUACAACGUGUUCAUGGUGGACUGGGGAAAACUCUCGGCCAUCCCUUGUUAUGCAGCCUCCGUUCACAAUCUCAAGCCCGUAGCCAGGUGUAUGGCUGUAAUGUUGACGCAUCUUCGAGCCGCCGGACUGGACGUGAACCAGCUCACGUGUGUGGGCCACAGCUUGGGCGCACACCUGUGUGGCAUUAUGGCCAAUUACUUGCCGUUCAGAAUGCACCGCAUCAUAGGUGUGGAUCCGGCAAAACCAUUGAUUCGCAACCGGGCAUCCAGCCGAUUGGAUUCCGGGGACGCGGACGUCGUGCAGAUCAUACACGCCACGUCCAAGUACGGUGAUCUGAAGCGCAUGGGACACGUGGAUUUCUGUCUGAACGGUGGACACGUGCAGCCGUUCUGUUCGAACUCUUCCGACACCGAACUGUGCGGUCACACGAGGAGCGUCUGUUACCUGGCAGAGAGUUUGGACCAGGAAUCCGCCCGAAAAGCGGUACCGUGCACCAGGAGAUGUUUGCAGGGCGGCGAAGGAGGUUCAAGCUAUUCGGUCGUCAACUCUUUCGGCCAAACGCCAUACGUCGUCCUGGGCCAACACACACCUGACGAGGUGAACGGUGUGUACUGUGUGACCAACUCGGACGCGCCGUACUGUUCUAAGACCAGCGUCAAGGGUAGUCCGUACUGCUGUCCGCCGCCGUCAAAACCGAACAGCGACAGCGUAGAUCAGUCGAUGCGACUGCCCGAAGACGAGGACUAAAACAGCAGCAACGUCAACGGCAACAACCACAACGUCAACAACUGAAAUCGCGGACGGGGAGGACGGUGUGAAAUGAACGUCGGCAACAACAAUAAUCAUAAGACGUCUUAAUUUUAUUGUCUUUACACAAAAUGUACAAAAUAUCAAAUAUUUGUUUUUAAAUUUAUUUACAUUUAAGUCACAUAAAUACACACUUAUAUUAUAUAAUAUUAUUAUUAUUU